AUGAAAACCACAAUUUCCUCUCUAAUAUCCGUUGUAGCAAACUAAAACCGAAGCGUACAUCAAGCGAAUCACUUUUUAAUAACCAUUGAAAAAAUGAGACCGAUUAGUUUCAUAAUUACGCUAUUCGUAAUUUGUGCAUCCGUCAAUACAAACAAAGCCGGACUCUACGAGUCAUGUCGCACGCCAAACGGGAAACCAGCCAUUUGCACGCCAUUGCCUCAAUGCAGGCGUUUGUUAACCGUCAUCCGUGAAAGAGAACGAAUGCCUCCAUCCCGGCUGAAAUUCGUAAGAGACUCCCAAUGCGGAUGGUACCGAACCCAAUUAGUCUGCUGCGGCGACGACGACGAUUACGAAACCAAAAAUGCUUAUGUUAAAAACGCCUCCGAAUCCGACCAAGAUCAAUGCGAAUGCGGUUAUCAGGAUCUCGGAAAUAACAAAGUGUCCGGUGGACAGGCGACCGAUAUAAAAGAAUUUCCAUGGAUGGCUCAAAUAGGUUAUGCGAAUAAUUUUAGAGGUCGCACGAUUUGGGCGUGCGGAGGAACUCUAAUUAGCCCUCAGCACGUUCUAACGGCUGCUCAUUGCGUGGCCGGGGAGGCUUUGAGAGUACUAGGACUUCCAACAACUGUAAAAUUAAGCGAAUACAACACAGAUACUGAAGUUGAUUACUAUCGAGGUAUCCGCAAGAAGUACGUGCUAAUCGGUGUAGAAAAAAUCAUUCCUCAUGAGAAAUACGACAUCGAUGAUCCUAUUAGUGCUAAUGAUAUUGCUGUACUCAAACUGAAUAAGAAGGUUACUUGUUCCGAUUUUAUUAGGCCUAUUUGUUUGCCGGAUCCGAACGACGUUCCCCAAAAAGGCGACAGAUUGACCGUGGCCGGUUGGGGAUUGACCGAAACAAACAGAAUUUCCAACUUACUGUUGAAAGUUAGCAUGCCGUUAGUCGAGCAGAAACGUUGUCGAAAGCAGUAUUGGAGGCAGGGUGUUAACCUGAUCGAUUCUCAAAUAUGCGCCGGCGGUGAGGAAAUAAAAGACUCUUGCAAAGGCGAUAGCGGCGGGCCUUUAAUGAGAUUAACUAUAACACCGCCUGAUGAUAUUCGCUGGCGUCAAGAAGGGAUCGUUUCUUACGGUCAUGAACAUUGCGGCACACGAAAUUUUCCUGCUGUGUAUACCAAAGUGGUGGAUUUCCUUCCUUGGAUAGAAAACGUAAUCAAAAAUUGAAUGUUGAUUCAGUAAAUUGAUGUUAAAGUGGCAUAUCAAAAAUAAUAAUUAUUGUAUUUAUCGUUAUUUCAAAUUCUGUAAAUCAUGAAUUAAUUUGGAACGUUUAAAACGAAUAUACUAAUUUUACAAAUGUUACAAUUGAAUAAAAU